AUCAAUGGCCCUAUCUCCACCCUUCCACCUCCUCUCAACUUUCCUGAGAAAGGCGACAACUCAGCCCCGGUCUACCUCUUCAAGAUCGGCCGCGCAUACGGAAAGUUCUACUGGGAUGGUGUAAAAGCAACAUGGGCGAAUCACAAGCGCGCGAAGACUCUCAAGACACAAAUCAUCGCCUCGAAUCGCGCUGCGGGCCUCCCCAACAUGCCGAGGCCCUUGCUUGGACACCUCGAGUUCUACUACGAGAAUGGCGGCAAAGACAAGAUGACGCGGACAGACUUUCAGCUGCUCAUGAGGGAACAAUAUGAUUUCAGGAAACUGCCGCCCUUCGCUUUGAUGGUCGCUCUGUUUGGAGAGUGGUUGCCGCUCAUCGUGCCGUUCGUACCCUCUGCUGUUCCACGCACUUGCAGAAUCCCCAAGCAGAUCGAGGACAUGAGAAAAGGCGUUGAAGAACGACGCAAGGCUUCUUUCCGCGAAGGAUACAAGACACCAAAGCCUGCAGAGUCGAACGAUGAAGCCAUGCCUACCAGUAUGGCUGGAGGCAAGAAGGCACUACCCAGACUGUACCAUUCCAUGCGUACCGCACAACACAUUGUCAAGAUGGGCAAGCCGGAGUCGUUGCACAUUUCUCGUGUGCUGGGUAUUGGUGGCAGACUAUUCGACAAGAUGGGUGUGCACCAUCCCUUGUACCCAGUCAAAUUGAUGAGACAUCUGGGAUACCUGCACAUUGACGACGAGUUACUAUUGCGGGACUGGGUCCUAAGUCACUUGACUCUCAGUACAGAAGAGACUCGCAUAGCAUGCGAAGAACGCGGUAUCGAUGUUGUAGGCAGAGGAGAAAAUGAGAUGAAGGAGGAUUUGGGCAAGUGGCUCGAAGGUAGAAAG